CGGUUAAAGUCUUGUGAAGGGAGAACGCCGGCGAAGACGGAAGUUGACAGACAGGAAACCUCUUGCUCAGCUCUGAACGUCACAUAUUCAGCCUGCUCUUGACUUUCUGCUAGCCUGCGAACAAAACCCGACCCGAGGGGUCCAAACAUUUGUUGCCAGGUCUGGUUACAGUCACGAUAACAGGCACUUACUUACAAAGAUGCAAGUGCAGAGAAUUGUUCUCAACUCACGACCUGGUAGAGAUGGGGCGCCAGUUCCUGAAAAUUUCUGCUUAGAAGAGAUAACCUUGGCACCUGACCUGAAAGAUGGAGAGGUUCUUGUUCGAACCCUUUACCUCUCGGUGGACCCUUACAUGAGAUGUCGAAUGAAUGAAGACACCGGCACUGAUUACCUGACCCCAUGGCAGCUGUCAGAGUGUGUGGACGGCGGAGGUGUCGGUGUGGUGGAAGCCAGUCGCUGCAGCACCUGCUCCGUAGGGGAUGUUGUCACCUCAUUCAACUGGCCAUGGCAGACUCACGCUGUAAUGACAGGAAGUGGCUUACAGAAGGUUGACCCAAAGUUGGUGGAUGGACGCUUGUCCUACUUUCUGGGUGCUGUGGGCAUCACAGGCCUCACUGCGCUGCUGGGGGUCAGGGAGAAGGGUCACAUAAACAAAGAGGCCAAGCAGACGAUGGUGGUGAGCGGGGCAGCCGGUGCCUGCGGCUCCCUUGCUGGACAGAUCGGCAGACUGGAUGGUUGUGAGAGGGUUGUUGGCAUCUGUGGCUCGGAUGAGAAGUGCAAAGCUUUAGUGGAAGAUCUGGCCUUCUCUGCAUCCAUCAACUACCGCCGUGGGGAUGUCCCGGCCCAGCUCAAGGAGAGCUGCCCCGAUGGAGUCGACGUUUACUUCGACAACGUGGGAGGUGCCAUCAGCGAUGCCGUUAUAGAGCAGAUGAACCACGGCGGCCACGUGAUCCUCUGCGGACAGAUCUCGCAGUAUAACAAGGAUGUGCCGUAUCCCCCGCCCCUGAGUGAGCGGACGCAAGAAGUUCUGCGUAGUAAGGGCAUCACCCGGGAGCGAUUCAUGGUGCUCAGUUUUAUGAGCAAAGCAGAAGCUGCCAUCUGGGAACUCAGCCAGUGGAUCAAAUCAGCCCAAAUCAAGGCCUCGGCCCCGAUUGCCUCCUUCCAUCUGUGUUAUUUUGCUUCCUAUCCACAGGUGCUGGAAACUAUGGUGAGCGGGUUAGAGAAUAUGGGAGUUGCGUUCUGCUCCAUGAUGAAAGGAGGAAACAUCGGCAAGCAAAUUGUAAAGAUAUCGGAGUGAUGACAGCUCUUGUUGGGGGGGAAUAGACAACCCCCAAGUUGCCUCCACCCCCACUGAAAUUAACACAUGCUUAAUGAACUCCUGUGAAUGACAUGAGUCAAUAAACUGACACCAGUUAAUAAUCAUAAACUAUAAAUGAGCAGUCGCACGCUACCCUUUUAAAUUGUGGGAUUAAUACAAUAAAAUCAGGAGGGAUUUGAAGUUUGAGUCUCAGUAACUAUUCAUUUAAAGAAGUUUUUGCAGCAGUUAACACAUAAAUACAUGUAGAAUUCUGUGUUGUUGUUUUAACCUAGACUGUAGCCCCCUCUAUCAUAAUAACACACGAGUGGAUGGCUUUGUAUAUGGAUCCCCAAAACAGGACAGAGGGAUUUAGUGAUGGAAAAGAUGUUUGUCCUCACCUCUGAAGUGAAUGUUGAAGAAGGGAGAUGAAAUGAUGAUGAUGGAUUAAAGAACUAAUGCUCUCUCA